AUGCCAGACCAUCAGAUUUUCAAGACUGUGGUGUCACUGGUUGAAAAGGACGGAUCGAAACCCCUUCAAUUGGCCUUUGGCUCGCGCGUCGUGAAACCGGGCGACAAGAUCCCCAAGGGAGAAGCUCAAGGACUCCCAACACUUGAGUGGGACACAGCAAGCCCAGACCAGAAAUUCGUCGUCCUCAGCCUCGACCUCGACGCACCUUUUCCCUCGUUCGCGCCGCUGAGUCCCAUCCUGCACUGGCUCCAGACUGGUCUCGUCAUCGGAGGAUCAAGCAGUGCCGAUGGCGUUUGUCCCGCUGCUGCUGGCCAGCUAACCUCGCCGGACCCCGCCAUCGCAUUCUGGGCAGGGCCCGGCCCUCCCCCAAUCAGCAGCCCGCACCGCUACAUCUUCCUGCUCUACGCCCAACCACCCGACUUUGACGCACGCACGUUCACGAAAGCGGGUGGCUUUGGGAUCAGGGACCGCAUGAGGUGGGAUCUGUCGCGGUUUGAAAAGCGGGCGAAGCUGGGCACGCCCGUCGCGGCGACGUAUUUCUUGAGCAAUUAA